UUUCAGCAUUGUCCCCACCGCCUUCCUGACCUCGGCCCUGGUCUUCUGCUGCUUCACACUCAGCGCCUUGUACGCCCAACGCAGGAGUUACCUCUUCCUGGGAGGUAUCUUAAUGUCUCUCCUGACCGUUCUCUGCCUCCUCCCCCUGGUCAACCUGAUGUUCGGAUCGGUCUUGCUUGUUAAGGCUCAGCUGUACAUCGGGCUCCUGGUCUUCUGUGGAUUCAUCCUGUUCGACACCCAGCUCAUCAUCGAGAAAGCAGAGAGCGGGGACAAGGACUACAUCUGGCACUGUGUAGAUUUAUUCAUGGAUUUCAUCGCUGUCUUCAGAAAGCUCAUGUUACUGCUCGCCAUGAACGAGAAGGAUAAGAAGAGGCGGAAUGACUCCAAGUAGAGUGAACAAACCGUUACCGGAGAACGCCUUCACCCCUCCCCCAUCUCCCCGAUACCACCCUCCCCUUCCUACCCCACCACCUUCAUUAAAAAGAAUGAUUGAGAAAUGAAA